AUGGGGGUAGGAAAUAAUUCGGUGGUGUCUGAGAUUGUGUUGGUGGGACUCACCAGUUCUUUGGAGAUGCAGCUUGUCCUAUUUCUAGUUUUCUCUGUGUUCUAUAUAACAAGUAUUUUAGGAAACCUCCUCAUUGUGCUCACAGUGAUCUCUGACUCCCAUUUACACUCCCCCAUGUACUUCCUGCUGGCCAACCUCUCCUUUAUUGACAUGUGGGUUUCCUCCAUUGCAGCUCCCAAGAUGAUUUCUGAUCUUUUCAAGGAGAGAAAAGUAAUCUCUUUCCAAGGCUGCAUUGCUCAGAUGUUCUUCAUUCAUGUUAUUGGAGGAACUGAGAUGGUUCUGCUCAUUGCCAUGGCCCUUGACCGUUAUGUUGCUAUAUGCAGGCCUCUCCACUACCUGACCAUCAUGAACUUCAGAACUUGUAUUUUACUCUUGGUGGUAGCCUGGACCAUUGGAAUCAUCCACUCAUUGAUCCAACUUGUAUUUGUUGUAAACCUGCCAUUUUGUGGCCCCAAUGAAGUGGACAGCUUUUACUGUGAUCUUCCUCGAUUUAUUAGGCUUGCCUGCACAGACACUUACAGAUUGGAGCUCAUGGUCACUGCCAAUAGUGGUUUCAUCUCUCUGGGAACUUUUUUCAUUUUGGUUAUUUCCUAUAUCUUCAUCUUGGUCAUUGUUUGGCAACGUUCUUCAGGUGGCUUGUCCAAGGCUCUCUCUACUCUGUCAGCUCACAUCACAGUUGUGGUCUUAUUUUUUGGUCCAUGUAUUUUCGUAUACUCAUGGCCAUUUCCCACAGUGCCGGUGGAUAAGUUCCUUGCCAUUUUUGAUGUAAUUAUUACCCCAUUUCUGAACCCUGCCAUCUACACUUUUAGGAAUAAAGAGAUGAAAGUGGCAAUGAGGAGGAUAUUCAGUCAGGUGUUGAGCUCCAGGAAGCUGUUUUAAGUGAUUUUGAUAUCAAGAAAGACAAGCAUCUCUAACAUUCCCUGACUGUGCUGCAGACAUGAAUCCAGCAAAACACAGCACCAUGGAUGCUCUACUUACUAGUUUAAUUAUUAAUUCCAGGAUUUUCUUAAUGAGUUUUCUGCCCAUAGUCAAGGAGGAUAUGGUAUUCUUUCUUAUGUAAUGUGAUGGAAUAAGAAGUAUUAAUAUACAAUUGUUUCCACAUUUUCUCACUUCUCCUUGAUGAGGAUUUUGGACAGGACUUUCUCUUUUCCUACUCUGUGUUCUGAGGAGAAUCCUCCCUUGUCAGAUUUAUUUUUGGGGUUUGUAAUGCAGAAUCUGAAGAAAAGUGCUUUGGAAAUAUUAAAAAAUUGCCAUUAUUAGAGAUAGUGUUUUUUUUCUUUAGAGGUUCUACAUUGAGAUGUGUGGGGGUAGCCGUAGUGUGUGAAAAAAUAGAUAAAAGACAAAAAGAGGAUUUUAAAAAGAUAUUGUUGC